AUGGUUGGUUCAUUUCAUGGGCAUGAAUACAACUGUAAAUGUCAGUUGGGUUGGCAUCCAACUUAUGUCAAGGGAGAAGGACUGACUGAAGGUACUUGCCACAGCACAGAGUUCCACUGUCAUCAAGCAAUCAAACAGUAUUUUACCUUUUGGGAUGAAGACAAGUAUGCCACAUUGAGCCAAUAUAUCUACAACCACUACCAAGAAGCAGCAGUUGCUGCUGCAAAUGGUGUGCUGAAUGAUGUCCCCAUGGGGAACUUAGGCCAACUUAACACCAUUGUCACCAAAAUGCAGGUCAGACUCGACUCAGCACACAAACAGCUGCAGAACACAGAAGCACUUGCCUCUCACUUUGAGGGGCAGAUUGGAAUAUGUCCCUGUUGUGAAGUUGGUGGUGAGGGCUACAACCAAUACAAGGAGGAGGCUAUGAUCAUAAAGUACCACACUGCCCUUGAUGACCUGGAGUGUCUUGUUGUACACUGUUUAUUUGAACUUUCAAAACUUUCCAUGUCUGGGACAGGUAUGUGUAAUUUCUGUGAUCAUUGA